AUGAAGAUUGCGUGUCUCCAGUUCGCGCCCAAGGUGGGGGAUGUAUCCAACAACAUCGCCCGCGCCGAAGAUGUCCUCGCCCAUGCCGAUCCGGCCGAUCUCAAGAACCUAGACCUCCUCAUCCUGCCCGAGAUGGCCUUCAGCGGAUACAAUUUCAAAUCGGCAGAACACAUUGCGCCGUAUCUCGAGCCGACCGGCGCCGGGGUCAGUUCGCAGUGGGCACGCACUAUGGCCCGCAAGCACGGCUGCACCGUCGCUGUGGGCUACCCGGAGAAGGCCGAGACAGGAGAUGAGGGGGAACCGGAGUGCUACAACUCGGUGGUCGUGGUAGACAGUGACGGCAAGCAGCUCGUCAACUACAGCAAGUCGUUUCUGUACUAUACCGAUGACACCUGGGCAUGUGAGGGCAAGGGCUUUUACGGGGGGAAACUGGGAAGUCUAGGGCAGGCUGCCGUGGGGAUAUGUAUGGACAUCAACCCCUACAAAUUCGAAGCCCCCUGGGACGCCUACGAGUUCGCCCUGCACGUCCAGCGCGUGGGCGCCAACCUUGUGCUCCUCUCGACCGCCUGGCUGACCAACGACGACCAGUCCACCUUCCUGGCGCCUCCACUCCACCACCCGGACCUCAACACCCUGCUCUACUGGGUACGCCGUCUCGACCCCGUCAUCGCCGCGGACAGCCCCGAAGAGAUCAUCGUGGUUUUUGCGAACCGGUGCGGCACCGAGGACGAGGCGACCUAUGCGGGGACCAGCACCGUGUUAGGGAUUAAGGGCGGUGAGGUGUGGGUGUAUGGACUUCUGGGACGGGGCGUGGAAGAGUUAUUGGUCGUGGACACGGCGAAACCGCCAUUUGUGAAGAUUGUAGAACGGCCGUCUUCGGAGGGCGUGUCGGUGGAUGGGGAGGAGGAAGAAGAAGAAGAGGAAGACGAAGAAAUCAACAAAGACGCUGUCGACGAAGACAUUGAGAACAACAACAAAACCGAAAAAGGAACCGAACCCCCAGAACCGAAAACCGAACAACAACCACAACAACAUAACAACACACCAGCAACUGACAACCCCACACCAAAUCCCCAACCCAACACCACCACCAGCUACACCGACUCACCCACCCUCCCCUCUUCCGCCUUUGCCCCCUCCAUCCGGCCUUACCACUACCAUCACCCCCGAGCGGGCACAACCUCAACCAAACCACCACCACCACCCACCUCGGCCCCUAUCAUACCCCUUACCAGCACACCAGUGCCAACGACAACGACAACCUCAGUAGUCCUACCCCUCCCAACACCACCCGAUUUAGAAGACGAGGAAUACACAGGCAACCACCACCGACUCGCGCUCCCGCUUCCGCAGCCGGUGAUGCCGAUUAUUGGUGUACCGCUAACACCAAAGGAGGAGAUGGAUGAGGUAAGGGGUGCAGAGAGGAUGUUGCCGCCGCCGGCAUGGGGUGUGGCCGAUUCGAUGGGGGGGAGGGCCAGGGGAGAGGCUGGGUUGGGGGUUGUGGGCUGA